AUGAUUCGCACUCUUUCUUCCCUCAUCCCAACUCUGGUAAUGGAUGGUGAGGCCGAUCUCAAGGAUAUGGAAGAAUAUGCUGCGAGUAAGGCUGUUGCAAUGCAUUCCAGCAUGACGGCUAACGCGCAGGCUUGUGAGAAAAAGAGCGUCGCGGAAUGGUUAGAAUAUUUGCGUUCUUGCCAAGACCUGCUCACUCAGCCAUUCUCCUAA